AUGGCAAAAAAUGGCAAAGCCGGUGGGCAUUUUUCGGACCUUUCUGACGAUGAAGUAGACAAAUUUCAUCACUCGAGAGACAAAAUCUUAUUUGAAGAUUCUAAAAAUACAUCAGCAGUUUUGGAGUACGAAGAUGCACCGUUUUUAAACGAGCAAGAUGUCCUUCCUCUUGAUCCUUCUUCCGACGAAUUCAGCGAAGACACACUAUUAAACGAAGAAUACUAUUUAAAUUCAGAUAUUAAAGCCUGGGGAAGAAAAAAAAAGAUAUUCUAUUCAAGCGAUAAAAAUGCUGAGAAGGAAGAGUUGCUGGAAUGCAUUCGAGUUCAGAGGUUGAAAAGAGCAUCCUUAAGGCUCUGCGAUUAUUAUUUUCCAGGGUUAGCAGAUCAAAAGUUGUAUUAUCAAAACAUUCAAUAUUACGAAGCCCCUACUUGCUUUCCAUAUUACAAAAAUGGCAGAAUUGUUGAAAAUUCCAAAAACCUUUAUUUCGUUUCAAAAGCAAAUCAAGUGCCCAAGUCAUGCUCUAAAGAUCGGCAAAGCAGCGGAUCCGAACGCGAGGAUGAGUCUCUUUCUCAAUCUGAAUUGGAGGAUGAUUUAUAUAGCUCUUGUGAGACCGAAGGGGAAUGUGGGCUUGACCACCAAGACGAAUAUGCCAACAAAAUCAACAAAAGGGAUGUAAAUUCAGAUGAAGAGUAUUACGAGGCCAUCAAGUCGCUAAAAGCAGCCAAAAAGGAAAAGAACCCCAACUGUUCCUAUUCCGGACCGUCUUAUGAUAGGUACAAUGAUAUGGAUGCCGGGUCCAAGAGAACAAUACCUUAUGAAAUCUUGAAGAACAAGGGCUUGCUUCCAGUCCGGUCCAAGGAGCAAAGGAAUCCACGUGUCAAGCAAAGAAAGAGAUAUGAAAGGGCAAUGAAAAAGAUCAAGGGAUUCAAGCCUAUGGUUGCGCCAAAAAUGCAUGGCGCGCCUUAUGCGGGUGAGCGCUCUGGUAUUAGAACUAACAUCGUUAAGAGUACAAAAUUUACUCGUUAA